AUGGCAGACCCAGGUGCCGUCAAGCAAAACAGCGGCAUCGCUGCUGUACACCACAAUGAAGGCCGUCGAUCUUCUGUGGCCAGUGUCAAUUUAAACAAGAAUAUAAAUGCCAAAGUCUCUAACCCUCUGACCGGCGUCUCAUAUGAAACAUUGAUGCGCGAUGUCGAAGACUUCGCACGUGAACAUGACCUAGAAGAUAUCAUCAGUCAUCUAAAGAAAGGUGCUCUAGUCGCUCAAAAUCCAAACGGGUUUGACAACAUUGAGAUGCUCGUUGAGGAAGACAGACGAUACCUUCAGUUGGAGAAGCAGCACAAGUGGAAGCAUCCCCUGCAGCUAUACGUCACGAUCAUUGUGUGCUCUAUUGGUGCCGCUGUACAGGGCUGGGAUCAGACUGGAUCUAAUGGAGCAAACUUGUCCUUUCCCGUUGAGUUUGGAAUAGGGGAGGGAGAUACAGAGGGGUCUCCCAACCGUUGGACGCACAACUUGCUUGUUGGGCUCGUCAAUGCUGGCCCCUACAUUGGAAGUGCGCUCAUCGGUUGCUGGGUCAGCGAUCCUUGUAACUACUACUUCGGCCGUCGUGGAACCAUCUUUAUCUCUGCGAUCUUCUGUGUGCUUACUCCGAUCGGUGGGGCGCUUGCACAAACCUGGGAACAGCUCCUUAUCACUCGCAUUCUUAUGGGUAUUGGCAUGGGCCUGAAGGGCUCCACCGUUCCUAUCUUUGCAGCAGAGAACUCUCCUGCACAGAUUCGUGGCGCGCUUGUUAUGAGCUGGCAAAUGUGGACUGCUUUCGGUAUUUUUCUGGGGUAUUGCGCCAACCUAGCUGUUUACCAAGUGCCUGUGAUUGCAUGGCGUCUUCAAAUCGGAUCGGCAUUCAUCCCAGCUGUGCCUCUGACAAUUGGGAUCUUUUUCUGCCCAGAAUCGCCUCGUUGGCUUAUUAAGAAGAAUCGCUACCGCAAAGCCUGGCAGUCACUUGUUCGGCUUCGCUUCAGCCCUGUACAAGCAGCCCGUGACCUCUACUACAUUCAUGCUCAACUUCAAGUUGAGGCACAGAUCAUCGGCAAGUCGAACUACUUGCAACGCUGUAUCGAACUUUUCACCAUCCCUCGAGUCCGCCGUGCAACUCUGGCUUCUUUCGUCGUCAUGAUCGCACAACAGAUGUGCGGAAUCAAUAUCAUCGCUUUCUACUCUAGCACCAUCUUUAGACAAGCCGGUGCUUCAGAGCGAGAAGCAUUAAUCGCCUCCUUUGGAUUUGGUCUCGUCAACUUCGUAUUCGCCUGGCCUGCUAUCUGGACCAUCGACACAUUCGGUCGUCGAAGCUUGCUCCUCUUCACCUUUCCGCAAAUGGCCUGGUCUUUGCUCGCCACUGGGCUUUGUUUCCUCAUCCCUGAGAGUAGCCCAGCCCACCUGGGUCUUAUUGCUAUGUUCAUCUACAUCUUGGCUGCUUUCUACUCUCCGGGCGAAGGUCCUGUACCCUUCACCUAUAGCGCUGAAUGUUUCCCUUUGACACACCGGGAAGUUGGCAUGGGCUGGGCAGUUGCUACGUGUCUCUUCUGGGCUGCAGUGCUCUCGAUCACGUUUCCACUAAUGUUGUAUGCUUUGACCCCGGUUGGAGCUAUUUGCUUCUACGCAGGUCUAAACAUGAUUGCUUUCUGCAUGAUAUUCCUAUGGCUUCCAGAAACCAAACAAAGGACUCUGGAGGAACUAGAUUACAUUUUCGGUGUACCCACGAGGAGGUUCAUUGCUUACAACUUCCGCGUCGCCUUGCCUUGGUGGUGGAAGCGCUGGGUCCUCUUUGACAAGUCCGCGAAACUUGCGCCACUGUACCACUUCGAUGGAGUCGAUGGUGCUCGUAUUCCCGACUCUGAGCACGAGUCAAGGAGAUCAACCAAUAACGAGAAGUCAACCACGGUUACCAGGGAGAUGUGA